AUGCUUGAUGGUGCCUUUAAAGGUGAGGGAAUGCCAUCGGAUGAUGACAUGGUUGAUUUUGAUGGAUUCCAAAAUCUUCGGUUAUUGAGUUUGUUUAAUUCUGACCUCACUGGUCAAAUGCCUAUAUGGUUAUCAAAGCUCAAGAAUAUAGAAAUCUUGCGACUGGAUUUUAAUCAAAUCACAAGGCCAAUUCCAGAAGAUAUCUAUAAUGCUGCCAAACUUGAAGAAAUUCCACUACCUCUCAAUUCACUACAUGGAGUCAUUAGUGAUAAAAUUGUCAACCUCACCAAACUUGCCAUCCUUGACCUCUACUUUAAUCAUUUUGGUGGCAAGCAUCCUCUCAAUUUGGGGAAGCUCUCCAAGUUGAAGUUUUUGACCUUUGAUUUCAACAAUUUAGAAGGUGCUUUGCCCCCAUCUUUGAUGAAUUGCACAAACCUUGUAGAACUGUGUUUGGGAUACAACAACUUGGAAGGUGAUAUCUUCAUGCUUGAUUUCUCCAGACUUAGUCAACUUACUAAACUGGAUCUAAAGAGCAAUAGCUUCACUGGUACAGUUCCAUCAUUGGUAAGCCAUAAUUUGUUGAAAGAAUUUGAUGCCUUGUACAAUAAUCUUGAAGGACCAAUACCAACAGGCACCCAGCUCCAAAGCUUCAACGCUUCUACCUUUGAGGGGAAUCCAAAACUUUGUGGUGCCCCACUUCCAAAUAAGUGCAUACCAAAUAAGGACAUGGAUGCAGAUAACAAGAACAAUAAAGACGAGGGCAAUGGGCAUCAUCAACUUCCAUGGUUCUACAUUAUCAUUGUGUACUUGGGGUUCAUAUUGGGAUUUUGGUGA